AUGCCUAAACGACCAGCUUCGGAAUCGCCGGAGCCAUCUUCGAAACGCCACCGCCCAAAUGUUGUUCCUUACAUUAAACGACUUAGCGACGAGCUCUUUCUAAGGAUUGCCUCUUUCUUGUCGAUAUCUGAUCUUACAUCAUGCCAGAGGGUAUCUAAACGAUUCUCUCGUAUUGCGACAGAUGGCCAAAUCUGGAAGGCGCUCUUCUACAGGAGGUUCGUACGUCCUCGAGCUUCUCGGAUUCCAGGAGUAUCAAGAGCUCCGCCUUCGAGUCUGCACUAUUCAUCGCGUAAUUCAAGAUGGUUGGAGGAUGAAGGGCUUGCUAGGACUAGCGCAACCAACUGGAAGCAGCUCUAUAGGCUGCGUCACAAUUGGAAUAGAGGGAUAUGUAGUAUCAGUGAGAUUGAUAUCACUGCCAAUGAACCACUCCCGCCGCUCCCACCGCCAGUACCGCCAUUGUUGGUCAGAUUGCACGAGGGAAUGGUCUUUACCGUGGACUCGACGCAUGGCCUCUGUGCAUGGAAGUGGAGAAACUCGAAAAAAAGUCUCAUCGCUAAUGCAGACCUAUAUCAAAGCUCUCUGGACCUCGGCUCGUACGGCGCUCCUACUGCAAUGGCCAUCGACGAAGAUUGCGAUGCGACGAAGGCUGUCAAUAUCACAGUCGGAUUUGAAAAUGGUGGAUUUUGUGUGUAUCAGCUGGACAUGGAAAUGUCAUCCUCAACAUUCAGGCUCCGUUACAUCGAUCCCCGGAACGGCCCUUCCCCGGGGAAUAGUUCACACGGACCGAUGAUCAUCUCAAUGGCCUACUGCACACCAUACCUACUGACAAUGACAGCCUCUCAGCUUUUGACUACCUAUCGAUUUGAAGGAUCAGACGACAUUGACAUUGAUGGGAGCAAGGGUAGUGCUGAAGACCGCGAGCGCAUGAUGCAUGCACCGAAAAUCCUUACAUCCUUGCAUUCGCAUACAGUCUGGCCCCCCUUAUCGCUUUCGCUUCGACGAUCAGCACAAAGCUCAGUCAUUGCCUGCAUCGUCUACGCGUUCCCGCUGUACAUUUCAGGGUGGUCGGUGGGAAUCCAAGAACUCCGGUUUUCAGAUGAUGCGGAUGGAGUUCAUGACUCAAGAAUUGCAACGGCUGUGCCAUCCGGUUUCAACCCAGUGCCAAACAUGUCGCCGGCGAGUCCUCCCGCGCAAAGUAGCGUUGGGUCAAAGUCACAUUCGCAGGCGAAUAAUGUGCCUCUUGCUCAGCCUACUUGUCUUUCAUACACUCAUCCGUAA